CUAGUAGAGGCGGAGGGCUAUUAAUGCGCGAAGCCGCGGCUGAGGUCCCACGAUGUUAUUCUGCUUCGUUUCAUUGUCAUUGUGUAACUGGAUCAUGGCUGAUCUUCAGAAAACCUCGUAGGAAGAGGAGAACGACAUCCCCGGGAUGCGAAUUACGGAAGGCUGAAAUCUUUGAAGUACUGUAGGAUCGCUGAAAAAAAGCCGCACACAGCACAAAGGGAGAAUCGUGAGCCGCGGGUUCGGGAGCGUCGGCAUGGCUGGAUAAAAACUGCAGAAAAGGGGGAAAAAAAAGAAAUCGCCACGAGAAACCCAUUCUCCGUGCUUUGCAGAUCUUCAUAAAAACCAAGAUAGCGGGAUUUGUGCCUAAACACAGCCUGUUGGAUCCGAAUUGUGAUUGAAUCGCAUGCAGAUAUUCAUUACAUUAUGUAAGCCGGGGCUGUGGAGCUGGAAUUAAAAUGUCCUGCUAAUUUCUAUAAAUAGCUCGAGUCUCUCUCCCACAUACUGAACACAGCUUUGUGGUGCAGUAAUUUUUGCAUCUGAUUGCAUUUUUUUUUGUUUUAAUUAAUCGGCUGUAUUGUAGGAGCAGGGAUUCGAACAUCACCGUUGGAAUCGGGGAAAAGCAGCGAACUGGACACAAUGUUGCCGAGGAGGACAGGAAAGCCGUUUCGCUCUUGACCCAAAAUAACGUGCAAACGCGAAGGGAAAAGAGAAUUAGACGCAAACGUGUUGUAAACAUAGAUUGCUUUUUGAAGGAAAAGGGGUUUUCAGUUGCUUUCUGGAGAGGUGUUUGGUGGACAGAAGGAGGUUCAUGUCUCCGUCGUGGCUGGACACAAAUAUUUCUUCCAUUUACAGGUGAAUUUAUAUUAAAAAAAAAAAAAAAAAAAUCACAUUUAUGCGUUGACUACUGCCUGGCAACUGGAUUUUCACAAGCGUGCUGGUCACUGCACCCCCAUUUCUUCUGGGUGUUUUUCAUCUAUCCAUCGUUUACCCUAGCAGGGUAAAUUUGACCUGGUCCCUUUCAGCUUGCAAAGCCCUUUCCAAAGAUACAAAGAGCUAGAGAGAGCCCAACACCUACCCUUGGCGUGGUGAACAUGGCAGCGGUGGUGAGCUACUCCCCACCAUGGUGGGUGAACCUCCUCCAUCGGCUGCCCCACUUCACCUUCCAAUUUGAACAGACCAGCAGCGACUUUCGGCCCGAUGAUCCAGACUAUCAGCAGUCCCUCUUGCUUCUGGGAGGUGUGGCACUGGCCUGCCUAGCCCUGGACCUCCUUUUCUUGCUCUUCUACUCUUUCUGGUUAUGCUGCCGACGGCGCAAGAGUGACGAACAGCCCAAUGCCGACUGUUGCUGCACAGCCUGGUGUGUUAUCAUCGCCACUUUGGUUUGCAGUGCCGGAAUUGCUGUUGGUUUCUAUGGAAAUGGAGAAGCCUGUGAUGGAGUUAACCGGCUCACGUACUCCCUGCGACAUGCCAACCGUACAGUGGCAGGAGUACAGAAACUGGUACUGGACAGCACCUCCUCGCUGAACCAGACUGUGGAGGAGAGCCUGCAGCAGCUGGAGGGCCAGUACACCAAGCACACAGACUACCUGUCCAUCGUGCAAAAAUUGCAGGGCCAGCUGGAUGAGCUGGUGCAUCAGAUGGGCGAUGUUCCCUUCUGGAAGAAUUCUGACAUUUCCCUGGAGGACCUGGCAAUCAACAUAGAGUUCUAUGAUUGGUACAGGUGGCUUGCUUAUCUGGGCCUGCUGCUUUUUGACGUGAUCAUCUGCCUGCUGGUGCUGUUUGGCCUCAUUCGCAACUCCAAGGGAACUCUCAUUGGCGUCUGUUUAUUGGGCGUGCUUACACUCGUCAUCAGCUGGGGAUCCCUGGGUCUGGAGCUGGCUGUUUCCGCAAGUGCAAGUGAUUUCUGUGUUGCACCAGACAUGUAUAUCACCAAAGUGACUGAGGAGAAUGCCGUGGUCAGCAAUGAUAUCCUCCAGUACUAUCUGAGAUGCAGUGUGGGUCAAGCAAACCCUUUCCAACAGAAGCUGUCUGGGAGCCAUAAGGCCCUGGUAGAGAUGCAGGAUGACGUGGCGGAGCUGCUGCGCUCGGCAAUCCGUGAAUAUCCCAAGACCAAGGGAAAUCUGGAACAGAUUCAGCAGGUUCUGAACACAACAGAGAUCAGUCUUCACCAGCUCACUGCCCUGGUAAACUGCCGGAGCCUGCACAUGGACUAUGUUCAGGCUGUGACAGGACUGUGUUACGACGGCCUGGAGGGCCUCAUCUACCUGGUCCUGUUCUCGUUUGUCACAGCUCUCAUGUUCAGCUCUGUAGUGUGCAGUGUGCCACACACCUGGCAGGGGAGAAGGAGUGAGGAGGAUGGUGAGGAGGAGUCUAUGGCCCAUGGCAACCGGCAGCCACACGACAACCUGUACCGUGUUCACAUGCCCAGCCUGUACAGCUGUGGAAGCAGCUAUGGCAGCGAGGCCAGCAUUCCUGCCGCUGCACACACCGUCAGCAAUGCCCCUGUCACGGAGUACAUGACCCAGAAUGCAAACUUCCAGAACCCUCGGUGUGAGAACACCCCUCUGAUUGGCCGAGAAUCACCUCCACCCUCUUACACGUCGAGCAUGAGGGCGAAGUACCUGGCCAACAGCCGACCUGAUUCCAGCAGCAACACGACACGCUAAAGCCUGGUCACUCGCACAGCUGUGCACUGUUUUGACCAUUCCCAGAGAUAAUCUGGCAUUGGAAUCAUUCACACUCCCUAUGGGCACACACAUGCACAUACACCCACCCAGAGCUCUCCAUUCCUCUGUAGAAGACUGCUUUGUACAGCUCUAGUUUUUGUCUUCACUCCUUGUUGAGUUCUGCAACAGGUUUAAUCCACAGUAUAAACCGUUUGUUUUGGAUGUGCGCUUGGAAAUGAUACAAACUAUUGUGCUUGUGUCAUGUAAAUAACGCUGUUGAAUCAAUGAAGUUCUUAAAAUCCCACAGUGAUAAUCAUCCUCUGGUGAACUCCUGUCUCACCUAACAGUACCGGCUGAGAGGAUUUCCAUCAUCAGGAGGUCAGUUUUAAUAGGGAUGGGGGCAGGGUUUGUAGGGUAUAUCAAUCUGUUGUCCACUUAGCUCCUCAUUCCUGUGGCCCUUUUCAGGGCAAGGGAAAAAGUCUGCCCCUUGCCACAUGAGGUUGGCAAAGUGGAACACUCCCGAAGUGGUCUUUCUGUGAGCAGUGGAUUUUUUCAGUGCUGCACUCUGUUUCCAUUAUUCUUUGCUUCCAAAUAUUGAGUAAAGAUUAAAACAAGAAUAAAUAAGGCAGGACUUUACAAUUUGCAAGGUCCUUAGGACAAGCUAUUCACCAAAUGUCAAAGAGCACUGAGGGGUAUUAUAAGAUACCGGAGUCUUUUAAGAUUUGGGGACCCAAUAUUGUCCUUACCUCUAUUAAAACUGUAGGCCACAAACCUUUUCGCAUCUAAAACUAGCCUGUAUACCGUCUGUUUGGAAUGGCCACCUGAUUUACAGGCUGCCUGCAAAGAUAUGGCUCCACUAUAAUCUAUAUAAAUACACUAUGAUAUAUUAUAGCUAUUGUAAAUAACUUGAGGUCAAAAUUUUGUUAAGUACCUUCCAUCAGACUAGUCAUAUCGCUUCCUGUGACCCAGCUACUGAGCAGUGGUAUUCCUAAGUGACUGAUAUAACCAGUUUUUUGAAUAGCAAAACUAUUCUUUUUUCAUAAUUUGUUUACACUGGUAGAUACAGUGCUACAGUGCUGCUGUCUUGCUCUGAAAUACAGCAUGGCAGGAAUAAGGAAAAUAGGAAAAUUCCUGGUGCAGAAUGUUUUAAAAAGGCAUUAAGCCAGUUUUUCAAAAGUUUACGAGUUUGAGAGGUAUGAAUGUUUGGUUUUGUUGCAUAUCAUUCCAGGCAUUAGUAAAAUCAUGCACUUGUUACUGACACAGUUGAGUGAGCCUGAACAGCCUAAGAGUUGCGGACAUGUUACAGGGGGUCAUAUUCAGCCACCCAGACUCCCUGUAGACAGUGUUUUUAAAAAAGUAAUUAUGCAUAAAUCCUAUCGUAUUCCCUGAAAUGGAAUAGAUUGGAAACUAGGCAGGGUGAUUUUUCUAAUGUGAUUCUUGUAAAAUAAAGCUUUUCUUUAUUAUGAAGGGAACUGUACAUUGAAUUCUGAGGUUCAUCAGCCCCCACCCCUCCCCCCAUCUUGGCCCUGCCCCCUGUGGCAUUUUCAUAUAUACACUUUGUAUGUCUCACACCAAGCAUUGAAAGAAGAACCAGGGCUUCUGCACUGGCUGUGACUAGCAGACCUCUGUGGUUCUCAUACAUGAAAUGUAACACCCACAUAAAAGAACUACUCAAUGUCACCCAAUAGAUGGCUCCUCAAAUUAUGCACACACCAACAGUGGUGUGUUGGGCAUUCCUUGAAUAGAAUUGGGACACUUGUUCCUAAAUGGUGGAACAUACAAGAAAGUCAACUAUACCUAUGAAAGAAAACAGCUUUAUUGAUGCAGACAUACGUCGCUUAACAACAGGAAUACGUUCUGAGAAAUGCGUUGUUAGGUGAUUUCAUCAUUGUGUGAACAUGAUAGAGUUUAUUUAUACAAACCUAGAUGGUAUAGCCUUGAUGCAAUCAAGAGACGCAGUAAACAAGAUUUAUGACGCUGCUGCCAGCGUAAUACAGCAUACUGUUUUACAGUAAACUUU